AUGGUUCAAGAGACGUAUGACAUUGUCAUCGUCGGCGCUGGCCCUGUCGGCCUGCUGUUGUCCCUGUGCAUGUCGCGCUGGGGCUACAAGGUCAAGCACAUCGACAACCGCCCGGUACCGACCGCCACUGGCCGCGCUGAUGGUAUCCAGCCCCGCUCAAACGAGAUUCUGCGCAACUUGGGUCUGAAGCGCUCUAUUAUGGCCUACGAGCCUGCUAAGGUCUACGACGUUGCCUUCUGGGACCCCAGCGCUGACGGCACUGGUAUUCACCGCACUGGUAGCUGGCCCAGCUGCCCCCGCUUCAUUGACUGCCGCUAUCCCUUCACUACCCUGGUCCACCAAGGCAAGAUCGAGCGUGUCUUCAUUGACGAGAUCGAGAAGGCUGGAACCCGCGUUGAGCGCCCAUGGACCAUCCACGGCUUCAAGAAUGACGGUGCCAAUGCCGACUACCCCGUGGAGGUCAAGUUGAAGUGCCUCGACACCAAUGUUAUCGAGACCGUCCGCUCCAAGUACCUGUUCAGUGGUGAGGGUGCCCGUAGCUUUGUCCGUGAACAGCUCGGUAUCAAGAUCCACCACAAGGACCCCAUUGCCUACGUCUGGGGUGUUAUGGACGGUGUCGUCCGCACUAACUUCCCCGACAUCGAGACCAAAUGUACCAUUCACUCCGAUGCCGGCUCGAUCAUGGUCAUUCCUCGCGAAGACAACAUGGUCCGUCUCUACGUCCAGAUCGCCUCGUCUACCGACGCCGACUGGAACCCUCGCAAGACCGCUACCGCCGAGGAGGUCCAACAAACCGCGAAGAACAUUUUGAAGCCCUACUGGAUUGAAUGGGACCGGGUUGAGUGGUACUCCGUGUACCCCAUCGGACAGGGUAUCGCUGAGAAGUAUACCCUGGACGAGCGCGUCUUUAUGGGUGGCGAUGCCUGCCACACUCACAGCCCCAAGGCUGGCCAGGGUAUGAACACUGCUUUCCACGAUGCCUUGAACAUGGCGUGGAAGCUCCACGCUGUUGAGUCUGGCUUCGCCGAUCGUUCCAUUCUGAGCACCUACGAGAGCGAGCGCAAGGACAUUGCCGAGACCCUGCUCAACUUCGAUGCCAAGUAUGCUGCUCUCUUCUCCAAGCGCCGUCCCAACGCCGGUGAGGUGAAGGCCAGUAAGGCGGUACAGGCUGCCGAUGACGAAGAGGAGGACGAGUUCGUCAAGACCUUCAAGUCCUCUUGCGAGUUCACCAGUGGAUACGGAGUUGCCUACAAGCCCAAUGUCUUCAACUGGGAUGCUAGCCACCCCGCCAAAUCCGAACUCUUCAACAUUCCCGGCGUCCGUUUGACCGCUGGUCGUGCCUUCACACCGACUACCGUCACCCGUCUCGCCGAUUCCAACUUCGUUGAGCUUGAGCAGGAGGUUCCUACCAACGGAUCAUUCCGUAUUUUCAUCUUCGCUGGUAACCAGAACAAGACCAAGCAGGCCAUUGCCGAUCUCGGGGCCAACUUGGAGAAGGAGCGCUCGUUCCUCUCUGUUUACCGUCGCGCAGACAUCGCCGAUGUCUCCUUCUUCGAGCGUCACAACCCCCACUCCAAGCUCUUCACCAUCUCCACCAUCUACUCUGCUGCCAAGAACGAGAUCGACAUGGAGGCCAUCCCCCAGGUUCUCCGAGACUAUCACCACCAUCUCUAUGCUGACGACAUCCCCGAUGUCCGCGUUCCCAACGCCAAGUACGCCGCCCACGAGAAGCUCGGUCUCGAUGCCGAGAAGGGUGGUGUCAUCGUCACCCGCCCUGACAGCCACGUUGCCUGCACCGUGCAGCUGGUGGAGGGCAGUGGCACUGUUGAUGCCCUGAACGAGUACUUUAACGCUUUCGCGACAAAGCCUCUGGGCCAAGACUCCCAGCAGAGCCGUCUUUGA